AUGGCUUCGGAAGGAAAGAAAGCCGCCCCAAAGGGCUCCAAGCGUGCGAAUGCCGCCGCCAAGGCCGCUUUGGUUGGCGUAGGUUUAUUACCACCUGAAAAACAAAUCAGGAACACAAGUUUGGCUAACACGCCCUUGCUACAGACUCACGCUCAUAAGCAGCGCAAGGUCCGAACCAGCACGUCUUUCCACCGGCCCAAGACUCUGGUUCUUUCACGAGCCCCCAAGUACCCUCGCAAGUCGAUCCCUCACCAGCCGCGACUUGAUGAGCAUAAGAUUGUCAUCCACCCUCUCAACACGGAAAGCGCCAUGAAGAAGAUGGAGGAGAAUAAUACACUCGUCUUCAUCGUGGAUGUUAAGGCCAACAAGGCUCAGAUCAAGCUUGCCCUCAAGAAGCUGUAUGAUAUUGACACCGUCAAGAUCAAUACCCUCAUCCGACCCGACGGCUCCAAGAAGGCCUAUGUCCGCCUGACUCCCGAUGUCGAUGCUUUGGAUAUUGCCGCCAACAAACUUUCCCUGGUGUAA